AUGUUUAGUCUAAUUGGUAGAUUGGAUCUUGUCAAAUUAAAGUUUGAAACAACAGUCACAUCUUUGAAUAAUCAAUGGAAGCUUACAGGUAAUUCUCAUUUUAUUCCUAUUGGUAAGGGUUUUUUCAUUAUUAAACUUGAAUAUGAGAUUGAUAAGGAAUAUAUUUGGAAUCGUUAUUGGGAAGUUGAAUCUCAAAUUCUUAGCUUAAGAGAAUGGGAACCAAAUUUCAAACCUGCAAAUCAAAAAGUAACAACAGCUUUUGUGUGGGCUCAUUUUCCUAGAUUGCGUAUGGAAUAUCGGAAAGAAAAGAUUAUAAUGGAAUUGGGUGACAGAAUUGGCAGAGCUAUUAAGGUUGAUGAAACAACCUUACAGAGGAAAGUUGGGUAUUAUGCUAGUGUUUUAGUGGAAAUAGAUUUAACUCAACGAAUCCCUAAUCAUAUUCAAAUCAAAUCUAAGUAUCGUACUUUUGAGCAAGAAAUUCAAAUUCCUAGAAUUCCAAAAUUCUGCAAUCACUGUAAGAUAGUUGGUCAUUUAGUUACAGAAUGCAGAUCAAGCAGGAAGGAAGUGAAUGUGGAACAUAAUGAUGAUUUCAUUUCAGUUCAGCCUAAAAAUGUUUGGAGAGUUAAACAAAAGAAGAUUACUCCUGUUGGUUUUGAUAUUGCUCCAACUCCUUCUAAACUAAACUCUGUUAACAGCGCAGAAGAUAUUAUUGUGUCUAGUGUUAGUACAAAUUCUGUCUUAAUUCCUUCUUCAACUACAAUUCCAAAAACACCUGAAGAUCAUGUUUCAGUAAAUGAAGUUGGAGAACAAAGUGGUAUUAUUAAAGAAAUUCACCAGGUUGGAAUGUUAUCUCCAAUUCAAAUGCCAGUUAUUUCUGCUAAUAAGUUUAAUCCCAUUGCUGAGGCUGAUGAGAAUGCAUACUAUUCAAGCUCUUGA